GCGGCCGCCUUCGGAGUUUUGCUUCUGAGUGCGGCCGCAACUGAUUCGGGAUGGAGUGCCUUGAGCCAGCCAACCUUCGGUCGCCGCACACAGGCCUUGCCGGAUGGGUUCGAAAUUAAUGAGACGAUGAACGGCAGUAUCCCGAUCACGGUCAUCCCGUCUUGGGAUAUCUUCCUCGGCUUCAGUGACCGCCAGAAAACCAUCGAGGGUCGAAUGUCCCUUAACGUUGUGUAUGGCGAGGAGGCCGAAGAUUUCGUUGAGCAUCCAGAGAACAUGGUGGAUGUUGUGAAUUUCGGUUCUGGCUCUGGGGACAUCAAUGUCCUCAGCAAAGUACGCUUAUGGGAUCCUAAGACUACGAAGACGGCCUCCAGUGUCAGCAAGAUUUACGCGGGCGACUUCUCUCAAUCGCUCUAUCCCUAUGACAUGAUGUGUUAUCCCUUCGACAUCAAGACCGUGCACUUCCAGAUUAGCCUUCAGAACCCGUGUGGCAUCUUCUACCGCCUCGAAUUAGGGUGUGUCGGGGAGAACAGUUGGAAGCAGGCUUGCUCCUGGCCCAUCAACGCUUCUUUCGUGACCUUCGACUGGCAGAACUUCACUUGCACUUUACGGGACAGUGUGACGAUCGAUUGUGCUAUGACGGGGACCAGGCAGUGGCCCGCACUGUUGAAGACUUAUAUGUGGCCAUCGGUGGUCUACGGCGUGAUGGGCUUUAUGUCGUUCAGUUUGGGUGUGAAGCUGUCAAUGCCCCGUGUUGCCACAACCAUGCUGGCCUUGUUGUCACUGACGAAUUUGCGGAAUCAGGUCAUCGCUUUGUUGCCUCUUUCUCAAAAGACGAGCUGGAUGGAGGAGUACUUCUUGAUUGCGAUUUCCUUCAUGUGCCUCAACCUGCUCGGGCAUGCUGCAUCCUUUCACCUCGAUGCCACUGACCGCCAUCACACGCAGAGAAUGGUGAACAGGUUCAAUCUUUGGGGGGUGAGUGCGCUGUUCGUGCUUGUCGUCGUGGCACGGAUGCAUGUCAGGGAAUGCCCUUUAAUCGAUCCGACCGUGUCCCUGACCCUCACCUUCGGGGCAGCAUUAUUGUUCAUCUCGAUCACCGCUUUCCUCGUCUGGUACCACCGCGAGGCCUUCCGGGAGGCUGGCCGCAGAAUCACCGAGCGGGCCUUGCUGGCAAAAUCCUUCGUGUCGGACGACAGAUCCAACGCGGUCUGA